AUGGCCAGUGGAAAGGCUGUGUUCUUGAGGAGUACUGGUGCCCAGCUGGCAGGUGACAGCCGUGCCGAUUCUCCCGGCUACUGUGCGAAGUAUGGGACAUACUCGCUGCUGGAUACCUCGCUCAACCGUGUAAUAGAUGUGCAGCUUGUGCAGUCAAAUGAAGUCACCAACAGUGGUGCCAUGGAACUGGAAGGGUUGAAGAGAGCGCUGAAGGCCCUUGAUGACAGAAAAAUUCAUGUGAAUGAAUUGGUCACAGACAGGCACACCCAGGUGCGCAGCCAUAUGCAAAGAGAGCGGCCUGAUGUCGCCCACCUCAUCGAUGCUUGGCAUGUUGCAAAAGGGCUAAAAAAGAAGCUGCAGGCUGUGUCACGUUCACGAGGCUGCGGUCUCAUUGAAGAGUGGAUCACGUCCAUCAUCAACCACUUCUACUAUUCGGUGAAGAUUGGUGCGGGCAGAGGCGAGCUGGCAGUGGCUGUUUGGAAAUCUUUCCUCAACCACGUGCAAGAUAAGCACUGCAACCACAGUGAUGACUAUCCGCAUUGUGAGCAUGGGGACCUGUUGCCCAGAAAGUGGAUUUUUGCAGGCACUGACAGCUUUGUAAAGCUGCAGAAGAUUGUUGAAAACCGUCGCCUGAUCAUCGACAUCAAGCAAGUGUCACCAUCAUGCCAGACAUCGAAUGUGGAGUCAUUCCAUUCACUAAUUAACAGGUUCGCACCAAAAAGCUUCACGUUUUCCUUCUAUGGAAUGCUGGCAAGGUCACAACUGGCUGCACUUCAUUAUAAUGAGAAUGCGGACAGGUCGCAAGGCAGAACCUCCAUGGGUGAGCGUCAGUGGACGGUAAAACAUCCCAAGGCAAGGAAAGGCAAGGCAGUAGCAUGCCCAGUCAAAGAGCCUCCAACUUACGAGUACGUUGGCCAACUCCUUGAAAUUGUUGAAGACCUUGUGGAAAGCAACACAUUUGGCGCUGCGCACCUGACUGCCCUACCCCCUGUGCCACCACCUCUUACAAGCCGUUUUGAAGCUGUGGAUAAGGUAGAUCUAGUGCAGGACCACCUUUCACGGUUUGCACCAAGAGAACACCAUCCCAGUGGUUUGGAAGACACAGAUGAUGAGAGUCUGUGAUCUGGUUACAUGUGGACGAGACAAUCAAUGUCAUAUAUUUCUAACAAGUAUGUAGGAGUUAAUGACCUAGAGUGACACGUGCUGUGGGGAUCCCAUGGUGAAGGGCUCUGAAUUAAUUCCAUGCAGAGUGUAGAGGGGUUGCAAAACGCGAGAUGUGUCGACCACUGUAUUUCCCCGAACGUUUUUAAUGUUUCUUCUUGUUCAAAGCCACGGGCAUGUUGCUUUAUCUUUUUUUUUUGAUGAAACAAGCAGCUAGGUUUACGUCAAGUGAUUGCAGUCAUGCACAAGCGCUUCUGUAUUGUUUGAAGUUGUUGUAGUUACUUUUUCGCCUUAUCUUGAAUACCCUUUGCCAGCUUUAAAUUGAGUGCAGCAGAGAUUCUGUUCUUCAACAACCGGCAAGCAUGUUUGUUGCUAUCAUGUACGACCGCCGAUUCCUUCAGUUCUUCAUAGGCGCAAUUCAAGCCAAUGGAGUUUCUUAAGGAAACCUGUCAUGCCUGCUGUACUAUUAAUUGUCGCCACUGCGUGACACCUGCUGGAGUUGUGGUGUAGCCGUUCAUGUUCCAGAUGCCCCCUACAAGUUGUUGUACAAGCCCUCUUUGUGCAGCGCCAGAGGGGCUGACAACAUUGCAAAAAGCUAGCCAUCGACUACUAAGUGUUGAGCCUGAGUUCGGGCCCUGCCAGAUGAAACCCAGCAAUCUGAGCGUGUUUCCAUAUUCAACAACUGAGAACACUCCAAAAAAAGUGGGCCACAUUUUUUUUGUCACCCUGGAAAGCCCUACAAGGAUGUGGUUUGGAUACGUGGUUUUCAGUCACAUAACUAGCACCCAAGCGAGACGAUACUUGCAUUCAUUGAAUAAAUUCAUUGAAGAACCCUGGCAACAACAACCACAGCGCGAGCAGCAUCGGUCAUUACAUACGCUGCUGCAUCACGCAGUCCUGAGCCAUGCCUGAGCCUAAACAAGAUAACGAAAAAAGAUGUGUAUCCACUGCCUCGUAUCGAUGACACUCUCGACUGUUUACAAGGUGCAGAACAUUUCAGUUCCUUGGAUCUGCGCUCCGGGUGCUGGCAAGUUCCAAUGGCCGAACCUGAUCAUCCGAAAACCGCAUUCGUUACACAUGUAGCGGCAGCAGCAUCGGUGUCGCACGAGAGAUGACGUAGACGCUCGCGUCUACACAAGACACGAGCGGCUGGCACGCUCCGGACGGGCUAGCGUUCCGAAUUGAAAAAAAAAGAAUGCUACUCUAGGAGAUCGAGUGUUGGUUCUUCCUUUUCUGCGAUAGCCCGACACUUUACCAGUCUACGUGGUCGCUCGUCACCACACAUCUGAUGGCCUCUACGGGUUUACCGUCAUGCCCUUUGGGCUGUGCAACGUGGCUGCUACUUUUGAGCAUAUGAUCGACACCAUCCUUUGCGGCCACAAAUGGAAGACCUGUUUAUGUUAACUCAAUGACAUCGUCAUCUUCUCAUCCGAUUUUCCGACACCUCGCUCACUUGCAUGAGAUUCUGACCUGUCUCGCAUCUGCCUGCCUACAGCUUAACCUCAAAAAGUGCUGUUUUGCUGGGAGCAAGCUAACCAUCUUAGGUCACAAUAUCUCAAAAGACAGCAUCCUCCCGGACCCAGACAAGCACCGCGCUGUUACAGACUUCCCAAAGCCCACGUCUAUCAAAACCCUGAGAAGUUUUCUUGACUUAUGUUCCUAUUUUCGUCGCUUCGUAUGCAAUUUCGCAUUCAUCAUGGCACCCUUGACAAGUUUACUUUCCGCCAGUAAUGGCAUAGCAGCGUGGUCGCCUGAAUGUGAUGCAGCAUUUCAGCAGUUGCGCCACUUGUUGACCUAACCGCCGAUUCUUCGCCACUAAGACCCUGAUGCUCCCACGGAAGUUCAUACUGACGCCAGCAGAGUCGGCCUUGGCGUGGUCUUAGCACAACAGAAAGCUGGCUAUGAUGAAUAUGUCGUCGCUUAUGUGAGCCGUACUUUAAAGAAAGCAGAGUGAAAUUACUCCGUCACAGAAAAGGAGUGUCUAACGAUAAUUUGGGCACUAAGCAAGUUUCGCCCAUACCUUUAUGGCCAUUCUUUCGCUGUGGUUACUGACCACCAUGUCCUUUGUUGGCUUUCUUCGUUGAAAGACCCGUUGGGACACUUGGGAUGUUGUGCGCUUCACUUGCAAGAGUAUGACAUCCGCGUCACGUACCGCUUAGGUCGGAAGCACUCCGAUGCUGAUGCGCUCUCUCGCUCCCCACUGAUGCCUAAUUUGGCGUCUUUAUCACCUUCCUCGUCCAUACUGUCACCGUUGGCCAUCACUGACAUGCUCACAGAGCAGCGCAAGGACCCAACACUUGUAAUGUUACUUGACUUCCUUGCCGCUCCGUCUGAUGUUCCUUCGACACGAGCUCUGCGUCGCCAAGCAACCCACUUUUCUGUGCAGGACAACAUUCUAUAUCGCUGCAACUACAUGCCCGACGGUUGGAAAUGGCUCCUUGCUAUACUUCGUCUUAUGCGCUCUGACAUCUGCGCAUCUUUUCACGCUGAUCCCCUAAGUGCUCAUGCUGGCGUCCUCAAAACUUGCACAAGGUUGUGUCAGCGCUAUUAUUGGCGAGGCAUGUACAACUUUGUGCAAAAGUACAUUCUGUCUGGUACUACAUGCCAACAAGGCAAGACACCUACACAUUGUUUAACAGGACCGUUGCAGCCGCUACCGUGCCCGUCUCAUCCGUUCGACCUCGUCGGCAUCAACCUCUACGGCUUAGUUCCAUGUAGCGGGUGUGGAAAUCGAUGGAUUAUUGUCAGCGCAGAUUACCUGACUCGCUACGCUGAGACUGCAGCUCUGCCAGCAGCGACCACCCACGACGUUGUUUUUUUCAUCCUUUGCAAUAUUGUUCUUCGCCACGGUGCUCUCCGAGAACUACUGAGUGGUAGAGGCCGUGACUUCCUGUCAGAAGACGUCCAAGCCGUCCUCACUGAGUGCAGGAUAGUUCACCGCAAAUCAACCGCGUACUGUCCCCAAACCAACUGUCUGACCAAGCGGUUCAAUUGCACACUUGGCGACAUGUUGCGGAUGUACAUUUCAUCCGAUCGCCCCAACUGGGACACCGUACUCCCUUUUGUUACGUUCGCCUACAACACCGCGACGCAAGCGAAUACCGGCUUUUCCCCCUUUUUCCUUGCGUAUGGCCAUGAGCCUUCAUGCCCUUUGGACACGAUACUGCCGUACCAACCUAAUGCUACAGAGUGUACUCUGCUUUCAGAAGUCACCAAAUAUGCUGAAGAUUGCCGUCAGCUGGCACGUGCCCUGUCUAGUGAGACUCAAGAACGUCAAAAGACAAGACAUGACCGUACUCAUCAACCACCGCACAACUUUGUUCCUGGUUCGCUUGUGUGGCUUUGGAUACCAGCCCACAUUCCUGGCCUUUCUUCUAAACUCCUGGCAUGUUAUGACGGCCCAUACCGUAUCGAGGCCACUUCACCGGUCAACUACAUUGUCGAGAGAGAGAGAAAGGCAAAGGAAAGACAGGGAGGUUAACCAGAGAUUAUCUCCGGUUGGCUAACCUGUUCUGGGGGAAGGGAAAGGGGAUGCAAUAGGUGAGAAAGAAAGAAGGAUAAAAAAAAGGAAAAAAAAACCUAAGCACACACACGCAUGUACACACGAACUAUUUCUGUGGGCACUGUCACGCAACCCGCAAAGGCAUUCCUAGUCUUACGCAGUGUCACCGUACAGUCCUGCGCCACACAGUGUACUGUCACAAUUUGUCAAAAAGUCCCGUGUCUUUCAAGUAUCGCAGCAGCGCCUUCAUAGCGGAUCGCGCUGAUGUUCGCGUAGGCCAGGUUCCAAGGAUCUUGUCUUCUGUCAUAGGGCGCUUGUCCAGUUUGUCUAAGGUGGCUGAGAGGACAGUUCUUUGUGGGUUAAAACGAGAGCACUGACAAAGAAGAUGCUCGAUCGUUUCGUUGCACCCGCAGAAGUCACACAGUGGGCUGUUGGCCAUUCCGAUAAGGAAAGAGUAGGCAUUUGAAAAUGCUACUCCAAGCCAUAGACGGAUAAGAAGGGUGCAGUCACGUCGUGGAAGCUCGGACGGAAUAUGGAGCUGUAAAUUAGGGUCCAGAGUAUGGAGGCGUGCACUUGUGAAAUCGGAUGAAUUCCACUGGGCUAAUGUCGGGUCACGCGCAAGUGUGGCAAGUUUUUUCGCUGCGUCGGCUCUCGAAAGAGGAAUGGCAACUCAGUUGACGCCGUCAUGGGCAGAUCGGGCAGGUGCGUCGGCUCGAUCAUUGCCAUGUAUGCCACAGUGACUAGGCAACCACUGAUAUAUUAUAUCGUGUCCUUCGUCAACUAGUCGAUGGUGGACUUCUCUGAUCUCUGCGGCGAGCUGCUCAUGUGAUCCAUGGCGCAGUGCUGAGAGUACACUCUGUAGGGCUGCCUUGGAAUCACAGAAGAUUGACCAUGCCUGGGAUGGUUCCUCCUUAAUAAAAUGAAGAGCCGCACGCAGGGCUACGAGUUCAGCAGCUGUCGUUGAUGAUACAUGUGACGUCUUUAGCUGUAUCUUGACGGAUCUUCUUGGUAUCAGCACAGCGGCAGCUGCGCUUGCAGAUGUAACUGAACCGUCGAUGUAAACGUGUACGCGGCCACUGUGCACCUCAUGUAAAUGUUCUAACGUGGCCUGAGCUCUGUUGCACGGCAAGUGUCGGUGUCGUGGUGUUCGGAACAUCGUGGGCAUAUCGUUGUAUUUCGGCAGACAGCACUCACAUGUCCAAUUCUUUGACACCUUCUGCACUGAAGUGGUUUUGGUACGAAAGGUCGUACCACAUGAUGAAAGUGGCCGACCUUUACAUGUGAUGGUAGGCAGUCACCUUUAAACACGAGCCUUACACAGGUCGACUUGCCAAGGCGCCGAGCUUGUAGUAAGGCAACACCAUCUGUCGCACGUUUGAUUAAAAUUGGCAGGUCGCUGUCGUUAAUGGAUGUGUCAAUGUCAUAAACAACACCGGCCGUUGUUUCUUUGUCUUGCGGAAUGAGGUAG